AUGGGAGACCACCGAGACGUCGGCGACGUCAACUCCAACCUGCUCAUCACCUGCAACACCGGGGACUCGCAGCUGGACAAGGCGAUCUCGCAGUGGCUCACCUGGGACAAGAAUCCUAAAACGAAGGAGCAGAUUGAAAACCUGUUACGAAAUGGAAGGAAUAAGGAACUACGAGACCGUCUAUGCCGCCGACUUACAUUUGGGACUGCUGGACUCCGCUCUGCCAUGGGGGCUGGCUUUUGCUACAUCAACGAUCUUACUGUGAUCCAGUCAACACAGGGGAUGUACAAAUACCUUGAGAAGUGUUUUUCAGACUUCAAGCAACGAGGUUUUGUUGUUGGAUAUGACACACGAGGUCAGGUGACCAGCAGUUGCAGCAGCUUAAGGCUUGCAAAGCUCACCGCUGCAGUCCUGCUUGCUAAGGGCAUCCCUGUCUACUUGUUCUCCAGAUAUGUUCCCACUCCUUUUGUGCCCUACGCUGUUCAGCAGCUCAGAGCUGUAGCUGGUGUGAUGAUCACUGCUUCCCAUAACCGUAAAGAAGACAAUGGCUACAAGGUAUACUGGGAAAAUGGGGCUCAGAUCACCUCUCCACAUGAUAAAGAGAUCCUGAAAUGUAUAGACGAAUGUGUUGAGCCAUGGAAUGACUCCUGGAAUGAGAAUCUGGUGGACAGCAGCCCCCUUAUGCGAGACCCUCUGCAGAAAAUCUCUGCAAGCUACAUGGAGGAUCUGAAAAAGAUCUGCUAUCACAGGGAGCUGAACACAAAGACCAAGUUGAAAUUCGUUCAUACCUCUUUUCACGGGGUCGGCCAUGACUAUGUGCAGCUGGCUUUUCAGGCAUUUGGCUUCCAGCCUCCCAUUCCAGUUCCUGAACAAAAAGACCCGGAUCCAAACUUCUCCACUGUGAAAUGCCCCAACCCCGAAGAAGGGGAGUCUGUGCUGGAAUUGUCUUUGCGGCUUGCGGAGAAGGAAGGUGCCAGGGUGGUGGUGGCAACGGAUCCUGAUGCAGACAGGCUGGCUGUGGCGGAGCUACAGGAGAAUGGCCCCUGGAAAGUCUUCACUGGCAAUGAACUGGCUGCUUUGUUUGGGUGGUGGAUGUUUACUUGUUGGAAGGAGAACUGCUCAGAAGACGCCGAUGUCAAGAAUGUUUACAUGUUGGCAACUACCGUCUCCUCUAAGAUCCUGAAGGCCAUUGCGCUCAAGGAAGGAUUUCACUUUGAAGAUACACUCCCUGGCUUCAAAUGGAUUGGCAGUAGAGUUAAAGACCUCCUGGACAACGGCAAAGAAGUUCUCUUUGCCUUUGAAGAGUCCAUUGGUUUCAUGUGUGGCACUUCUGUGUUGGACAAAGAUGGUGUGAGCGCAGCUGUGGUGAUAGCGGAAAUGGCUGCGUACCUAGACACCAAAAGCCAAACGCUGGCACAACAACUGACGGAAAUAUAUAAAACGUAUGGUUAUCACAUUUCGAAGACCUCCUAUUUCUUGUGUUAUGAUCCUUCUACCAUCAAAAGGAUAUUUGAAAGGCUCCGGAACUUUGACUUGCCUAAUUCUUACCCCACGUUUUGCGGCACUUACAGUAUAUUGGAUGUCCGGGAUGUUACCACUGGGUACGACAGCAGCCAGCUGAAUAAGAAGUCGGUGCUGCCUGUGAGUAAAACCAGUCAGAUGAUCACCUUCACCUUUCAAAAUGGCUGUGUUGCCACUCUUCGGACAAGUGGAACUGAACCAAAGAUCAAAUAUUAUGCAGAGAUGUGUGCGCCGCCAGAACAGAGUGACACAGCUUUCCUGGAAGAGGACCUGCGGAAGCUCAUUGAAGCCCUCGUGGAGGAUUUCCUGGAGCCCAGUAAAAAUGGACUAAUCUGGCGCUCGGUGUAGCCUUCCUCUUGCCAUUGGCUGUUAGAGAUGUCACUCCAUGCACUGUGUCAUGUGGAACAAAGGAACCAAGAUGAGAACUUCUGUUUGCAUUAAUUUAAUGUGUGUGUGUGUGUGCGCGCGCGUGUGUGUUCCCUAGCCAGCGUACCUAUAUGGAAGCAGUAUUGUUUUGUCAGCUUUCUUUCCAAAGUGGUAAAUAGAUUACUAGGCAGCUCUUUGAAAGGGCUAGGGUCUCCUAAAGGGGGUAGGACAGAUUCUAAAAAAAUCGCCAGCUGAUAGGGGUACCAGUUUGUGCCACCGGCACGCUUCUUAACAAACACAAACCCAGUGAAUUUUCACAGGCUGCAUCUUGGAUGUCUGGUAUCUAAAUUCUUUGAUGUGCGUAGGCCCUUGGCAGCUGGAAAACUGCCUCAUGGGGGAAACGGAUGAUUGUUUUGGACUGACAAAGGGUCCUGCUUCUUUGUAGCUGUUUUGAGUGUCGGAAUCUUUACUGUACUGUUGAGUCUUAAUUUUUAUCGGUCUGUUCAGUAGAAUCCAGUACUUAGGACUUUCUAGUUCAGUCCAAGUGGUUUAGUAGUCAUAAUGGUUCCUGCUAUUUAAAUCUCCUAUUCUAAAAGGUGCUCUUUGUGCAUUGAAUUCUUAUCUGUGUGUAUAUUUACUGAAGUUUACUCAAUGGUUAAACCAUAGUGGCAAGCAACGUAACUUGAGGUUUGACAUCUCAGGGCAAAACCAGGCACAAUUGCCCACCUCCUGUCUCUCUUGGCCCUGAGAGUGCUGGGCCCGCUGGGCUUUUGGGCUACAACAAAACGAGCCGGCAUGCAGGCUUUUUGGGUCUAGGGGAUGCAGACUACGUUAGGAUUGCGGAAUGUCGUUGUGCCAAUUUUGCCUUCGCUCACCUCCAUGAAAGACCCUUCAGUUCAGACAGUUAUGAUAAGCCAAUUUCCAUUGUUUGAUUUUUGGAUUGCAUCCACAGAGAGACUCCCUUCUUCGUUUAUUUGCAAAUAUUUACAGCCAUCUCUGUCUCCAACAGUAGUUAAAGUUGUACAAUAAUUAAAAUAACUAGUAAUGGAUAUUGUUAAUUGCUUGUUAAAAUGAAGAAGCUGUGCUUCAGCAGUAGUUUCUUUAAGCUUCUCUUCCUGCAGUGUGUUAUAUUAGGUUUUCCCAGCGAUACAUGUCAAUGUGUGUGCUUCGUAAGAUCAUACUUUGACUGCUUUCAGGAUCUCGGAGACCUUAAUCACUCUUGCUGCACUGUAAAUUGAGAGGCAAAGCUUUUG